CCGAGGCUGCCGUUUGCUAUAUAAACACAAUUUCCCAGGGCCAAGAGGAACAGCUGAGAGGCGUGUGCAGGCUAAGGUGGGGAAAAUAAUACAGUAAUUGGAAGAUGAAGAAUCUUGUUACCACCGUUUUGAUCACCACAUUUGUUCUGAUUUUGUUCAGCCACUUUGGAGCUGCCUUAAAAUGUUAUCAGUGUCUGGGUGGUAUAGGUCCAUGCAAAACUAACAUCACAUGCUCAGGUGAUAGCGAUUCUUGCAUAUUGCUAAACUUUGAUAAUGGAAGAAAUAUCUCUGACUGCUGGAAAUACUCCAACUGUGAAAUUGACUUUAUUGAGAAAGAAUUUAAGACUGGAAACUUCAAAUUUCAUUGCUGCCAAAAAGAUUUGUGUAAUGGCAGCCCAAUUACAGCAGGUAGUAAGUUGGUCUUUGGCUUAACUUCUGUGCUGAUCGCAAUCCAGAUGCUCUGCUUCUGAUCUGGAGUAGGAAAUACUUUGAACAACAAAAAUGUCAUUUCAUACCUAUUGACAAAUAGCCUUGUAAGAGAGAGCACCACACAUUGAGAACAAAGACUGAACACAUCAGGGAAAAUGGAAAGAAUAGCAAAACUUGUUCACUACAUUGUAGUCACUGCAUUGUGGGUUUUUCUUUGUGAUGCUUCAUUCUACUUGUAAACUUGUAUCACUUUUGUGCACUUAAACUUUUCAUAGCAGAGUUUUUGAACCUAAUGAAACUGCCAACUUAUUUUUCAUCUUUUCCUAUUUGUAAGAGUUUUAUCUCAAUAAUAAAAGUAUCUACUUGACAUUUGAACUGCA